AGAAAGAGAAAGAGAGAGAGAGAGAAAGAGAAAGAGAGAGAGACAAAAAUUAGGAUUCGCUUGAAUGACCUUCUUAUUUUGUGGAUUCGUCUUCGACUCGUCCGACGAGAAGACGAAACAAAUGCCUGUCGCCUCGGAGGAUUGGGUGGCUCACCCUCCUAAAAUCCCUAAUUCUAUCGCUAACUCAAUCACCACGGUUAAGGGUGGCACUAUACAAAACGUCGUCACUAUACAGAACAACACUACCGCAUGGAUGUCGCCGUAUAGCAGAACACCCGAUCGUUCUUCUCCUAAUAAUAACAAUAAUAAUAAUAAUAAUAACAACAACAACAACAACCAUAAUAAUAAUAAUCAUCAUAACAACAACAACAAUAACAGUGGCGUUGUUAUAUUGGAGGGAUGCAGACCACCUGCGGCUACCACGGCAAGAAGGUUCCUCAGGUGGUUUAGUAGACUCGGUCAACCACCAAUUGGAAAAUCAGGGGUGUUGGAGAUGGCUGCUACGGAGAGUACUAUUCGAUUUAGCGGGCACACGUUGGAUAAAGCUACGAAGGCCAAGGUAACGUUGGAGAAUUAUUACAGCAACUUAAUAGCCCAACACAUAGAGAGGAAGCAAAGGCUAGCAAAAUUGGAGGAAUCAUUGAAGGAUGAGGGGCUUUCGGAACAACAAAAACAAGAGAAGAGAUUGCAACACGCCCAGAAGGAAACAGAAUUCCUAAGAUUGAAAAGGUCCAGGCUUGGCGUCGAAGAUUUCGAGCCACUCAAGGUCAUCGGUAGAGGGGCCUUCGGCGAGGUGAGACUGGUACAAAAGAAAGAUACCGGUCACGUUUACGCUAUGAAAAUAUUGAGGAAAGCAGACAUGCUAGAAAAGGAACAAGUUGCUCACGUCAGAGCUGAAAGGGAUGUUCUCGUCGAGGCUGAUCAUCAGUGGGUCGUCAAAAUGUAUUACAGUUUUCAAGAUCCCAUUAAUCUUUAUCUAAUAAUGGAAUUUUUACCAGGUGGUGACAUGAUGACGCUUCUUAUGAAGAAGGAUACCCUAUCCGAAGAGUGCACGCAAUUUUAUAUUUCCGAAACGGCGUUAGCAAUUGACUCCAUACACAAAUUAGGUUUUAUUCAUAGAGAUAUUAAGCCAGACAACCUAUUGUUGGAUGCACGAGGCCACAUAAAGCUGUCUGAUUUCGGGCUGUGUACGGGAUUGAAGAAAUCCCACAGGACUGAUUUUUACCGAGACCUAAGCCAGGCUAAACCUUCCGACUUCAUGACGUCGUGUGGAAGUGGAAGCGGAGGUGCUAUGGAUAGUAAAAGAAGGGCUGAAAGUUGGAAGAGAAAUAGAAGAGCUCUUGCUUAUAGUACAGUUGGAACGCCCGAUUACAUCGCUCCCGAAGUAUUUCUACAAACUGGUUACGGACCAGCUUGUGAUUGUUGGUCUUUAGGAGUCAUCAUGUAUGAAAUGCUUAUAGGAUAUCCACCAUUUUGUAGCGAGAAUCCUCAAGAGACAUAUAGGAAGGUAAUGAACUGGCGAGAGACGUUGGUCUUUCCACCUGAAGUGCCGAUAAGCGAAGAGGCUAAGGAUACCAUAAUCAGAUUCUGUUGCGAAGCCGAUAGAAGAUUAGGAUCUCAAAGAGGUAUCGAAGAACUCAAGUUAGCUCCUUUCUUUCGUGGUGUUGAUUGGGAACAUAUAAGAGAGAGACCAGCCGCAAUCCCGGUCGAAGUACGAUCCAUCGACGACACAUCCAACUUCGAUGAGUUCCCAGACGUUAAGUUAGAGAUACCGUCAGCACCAAUGCCACAGGACGGUGAGGUGAUUUACAAGGAUUGGGUGUUCAUAAACUACACGUUCAAGCGUUUCGAGGGUCUCACGCAGCGGGGAACUCCAACGAAAAAAUAGCAACCCCCGAUACCUUGCUCAAACAUCAGCAAUCACCAGAGCGACGCAAUAGGAGGAAUAGGAGUAGGAUUAGGAGGUGGAGGUGGAGGAGGAGGUGGAGUUCCGGCCUUGGUACAUCAUCCUCAUCAUCAUCCACCAUUGUCCUCGACAACGUCGCGAUCUACAGUUACGGCAACAUCAACAUCAACAACAGCAACAACAAUUAUAUCAUCAACAACAACAACAACAACUACUACAGCAACAACAACAAUAGACGGCUGAAGACAAUUUCUCUUUGUCUUUCGUCUAAGACGUUCUCGCUCUCUCUCUCACUUUUUCGUCCUUAUAAAAAAAAUACAACGUGCAUACAUCCUGCAUAAUGUGUUGAUUCCGAUAGGGCGAGCACAUUGAGGAGAACUAUUUUGUUACAAUUCACGGAAUGGAAUAAUAAUGACGAGGACAAUGCUGAUGACAACAUUGACGCUUUGAUCAAGAGAGAACCCGGAGAAUGAAAUUGGGAGAGGUAGAAUAAGAGGAGGAGGAGGAGAAGGAGGAGAAGGAAGAUGACACAAAAAAAAAAGAAAAGAAAAAAAAAUAGAAAGAAAGUGUAAUGCAAGAGGAAAAAAGAAAUUGGGAAGUUUUAAAAACGAAAAAAAAAAAACAAAACAAAAACUAAAAUAGACGUUUCUUCACUCUAGGACUGAUUUAUCCGACUUUCUUCUUCAUUAAUACAAUAAGCUCUCUCUUUCUCUCUUUUUCUCCCUCUCUCUCUCUCUCUCUCUCUCUCUCUAUCUCUCUAUCUGUCUAUCUAUCUAUCUAUCUAUCUAUCUAUCUAUCUAUCUAUCUAUCUAUCUAUCUAUCUGUCUCUUUUUCUCUCUCAAUUUGUUGUAUGGCAAAGAUUAUCGAAGAAAAAGUCGUAGAAGAGGGAAGGAGAGGGGGGGAACGCUUCGGGUCCUAGAAAAAUCCUCGUGUACAUCGAGAAAACUAAUUUUUACGUUUAAGCGUUUAGGAUUUUAGAAUCAUUUAUAUUAGAUUUCUUUUCCUUCUUUUUUUAUUUUCUGUUUCUUUUUUUUUUUUUUUUUUUCUUUUUUUUUCAUUUUUUUUUUUUUUUUUUUUUUUCUUUUUUUUCUUAUUCGUUAGAUAAGAUUAACUCGUCAGAGAUAGAUAAUGAUCGAGCUGUCGAAUAUAAAGCUCUCUCUCUCUCUCUCUCUUUCUCUUUCUUUCUUCGAAGGUCAUUUGUAUAAAUGCAUGCUGUGAUACGAAAUUGUUUAAGAGUGCUGCGCGAUGCUGCUUUCGUCGUGUGGCCGAUAGUUUCAUUUUUCUUUUUCGUUUUUCUAUUCUUUUCUUUUCUUUUCGUGUUAUUCCUUCCUUUUUUUUUCCUUCUUUCUCUUUAAUCUCUUUUAUUAUAAUAAUCAAUCCCAAUUAUGUCUCUGUAUCAUCGAACUUUGUCUCGUUUAUAUUAGAGAUAUAUUGAUAAUAUAAUGUAUACGUCGUUGAUAGAGAGUUUAAUUGAAUUUUUAGAUUGUUACUUCACUUAUUUGUUCUUUUCUUUCUUUCAUUUUUUUUUCCUCCUUCGUACAUCGUAAGAAAUAUUAGGCGAGGCAAUCAUUUUGAAGCCAGUAUAUCCAUUUCAUGUUUUAUUUAUUUUCGUUAUGUAUUAUUAGAUAAUACAGCGAUAUCUAAUAAUAGGAUUUGUUAAUGUUUAGAGAAUGUAUGUUAGGCACGCUUUUUGGAGAUAUCAAGGGAGAUAUCGAAAUUCAGUAUAGAAAUAUGUUAAAAAAAAAAAAAGAAAAAAAAAGAACUUAAAAAAAAAAUAAAAGAAAAAAGAAAAAAAAAGAGAAAAAAGAAAAAAUAAGAAAGAAAAAAAAAGAAAGUAGAAAGAAAAUGUGCGAUUUGCUUUAUAUGGAUAAAAUAUGUUUCAGCAGAAUAAGAAAUUUCGAAAUAAAAUGGAAGAGCAAAAGUUCAGGUUAGAGAAAAGUUUUGAGAGAAGUUUUGACAAAUAGUCGUUGUUAAAAGAUUUUUUUUCUAAAUUAAUUUGUCCUCCGUUAAUUUAUCGAUUUUUUUUUCUUUCUUUUUGCUUUUUUCUUUUUCUUUCUUUUGUUUUUUUUUUUUUUUUGUUUUUUUUUUUUAGUCGCUAUAUAACACUAAAUAGAUCUCAAUAUGUGGCGAAUCAAUUAGGAUUAUUAUUCUUUGUUUAAUUACACCGUACACCUUAAUGCGUCAAUUAUUUGUUAAUAAUUAAUGAACGAUCUAAAAUUAUAUGAGUAAUUUAUUGGACAAGAAAAAAAAGGAGAAAAAAUUUUUUGUUUUCUUUCUCCAAAAAAAAAAAAAAAAAAAAAAAAGGAAAAAAAACAAUGAUAUUACACACUCCGGGUCUCUCUCUCUCUCUCUCUCUCUCUCCUCCCUCAUUGUCAUUGUGUCAUCACUAUCGUACACGUCCCUCUUUUCCUCGCACGCUUCCUUCUCUUUCUAUAUAAUAAUUACGAAUUACGUAUUACGAAUUGCGAAUGAUUAAUCGAUUAAUUAAGGUGUACGGCACUAAAGGAAAAAAAGAAAAUGAAAAAACAAAAAAAAGUAAAGUAAAGUAAAGUAAAGAAAAGAAAAGAAAAGAAAAGAACGUUCCUAAGAAAAACGUGUAGACAUGGAAUCAGACACGUGAAAUGGAAGGAAGGAGCUUAGACGAUCGACCGAGCCUUCAUUAUGAAGAGAAAGAAAAAGUGGAAGAAGAAGAAGAAGAAUCAUUUCAAUAAAAGAGGAAAAUGAAGAAGAAGAAGAAGAUGAAAAUAUAUAAAAAGAGAAAGAAGAUGAUGGAGAAUGAAGACAUACAAAUUUUUCCUACUAAAAUCUACCACCGAGAACACGCAAGAAUAUUAUAAAGAAGGACACGCGAAUAAUAUGCUUUUCUUUUUAAAUAAAUAAAAUAAACAAAAACAUUAAUAAUAAUAAUAAUAAUAAUAAUAAUAAUAAUAGUAAUAAUAAUAAUAAUAAUAAUAUUAAUAAUGAUAACAAUAAUAAUAAUAAUAAUAAUAAUAAUAAUAAUAAUAAUAAUAAUAAUAAUAAUAAUAGUAAUAACAAUAAUAAAAUAAAUAAAUGAAUGAAUAAAGUCGCUCCGCGAAAUCGAGUCGCAAGAUUAACGUGUAAGUUUUUUCUAGUAGUUCACUUUAACCGCCCAGGGCACACCGGUAUGAAUAUUUAAAACUAUAGUAUAAAAUAACGAUAUAAAAAAUAGUUAACGUUUAAGAGAGGCGACAUACCGAGAGUACCUAUUAUACAUACAAUACAUACACGAAAAAAAGCACGCACGAAACGUAUCACCGAUCAAACGGAAAAUGUAAAGAGACAUUUAAAGGGAAAACAACAAAAAAAAAAAAAAGAAGAAAAGAAAAUGAAAAACAAAACACAAAAAAGAAAAGAAAUAAAUACACGACAACAAAAAAGAAGAGAAAUUAUUGACGGAAUAUAAAAUGAAGAAAUUAUACUCCCUCUCGUACGUUCCGGCGUGACUGAACGGAUUAAGUAUGCGAAUCUUUUUAUUAGUAAAUCAUAAUCGCCUAUGUGUAUAUUCGACGAGAAAUUAGUUUCAUACGACCCGAAUGCCCCCACGUAUUCUCUUAAAAAAAAAAAAAAAAAAAAAAAGAAAAAAAGUAA